AUGACUGCGGGCUCGCGAUACCGUCGACAAGUAUCGCGGGCUCGCGAUGCUAUUUACAGUCUUGGCAUCAUCUUGUCUCGGAGACUGUGCAUCGACCCCCCGGCCCUCAGGUGUGAGAAAGUUGAAGUCAUGCGUUGUAACACGAUGAAUGGCAUACCAACGACAUUUACCAACCCUGAAGCAAUCCGACCACUGGUAUCCAACUCUAUAUUGACGAUAUCCUGGAAGCCACUCGCUCCUCUUCUACCCAGCAUGUGCUCAUCUCCCAUUUGGCUCUACAGGACUAUCCGAGUGGCAGUGAGACAGCUCGACGGGGCUCUUAUGAUGACAGAGGGCAGAGAACAACAGCUUCUGUACAUCCAGCAGGAUGGUACAAUCGGCGGAACAGGCAACGUUGCGAUGUAUCUCAUGCAAGACGAAAUGAUCAACAUUCGAGAGGAAAUCAUUCGCUUCUCUACCCACCCCGCCUCUAUAGAACGACCUGACGAAGAGCAGACGAGUGAGAUUCACAUCCCCAUGGCAGCCGUAGCUGUGCGGAUGGGUCCAUCAGGCCGGGCGGUCGGCAUAGCUACUCAAACCCUCGUCGCCGGCCACGGCUCGCCCAUGACCUAUAUAAUCAAUAUCGAUAUCGCUAAGAACGAUUUGAUCGUUGUUUUUCAACCAGACGAUCUAACCUUGGCCCCUGUGCUUUCUCAAGUAUUUACAAGACCACCCCUCGGAUGGGAUACAGAGGCUGCCCAGUUGAAUACCUGUUACACUAACGACCCUUUCAGCAUGUCAGACCGAAACAAUACAUGGGGCAGCGGCCUUUCUACUUUUCAAUCAGAAACCGGCCGACAAAGUUGCGUUUCAUAUCAAUACCCAUCGCCAUAUGCAGAUAAUCCCAGUCCAGCAUCAGAAUCCACACCCAGACUAGGCUCAGAAGAUCAAAGCAGCACACAAUUGGUCAAUAUGGACGAGGCUGGUACUCAACAUGAUGCUAUUGAUGAUCUUUGUAUUGUCGUUAAACUUCGGCCGUAA